ACUAUGUCGACAUAACAGAGGUUUUCUUUUCUCACUCUUCAAAACGACGGACAUUCCUUUCCUUAGAUCGCACGUCGAGACAUUGGUGCCUCCUUCUUCCUUCUUAGGAGCCUUCGUUCAUCGGACACGUGUUAGCUCCGCCGAAACGCAUCGGAAUCGUGGGAAUCGGCUAUAUAUCGCCGGUGAAGAAGAUGAAGAUCGACGUCAACAAAAUCGCUCGGAAAGUCGAGGUCGAUGAUCGAAUUCCUCUCCGGUACUAUUUCAGAAUCGCCGAUAAUCUCCUCAGACAGGGGAAUAUACACCGGGAGGAGAAGAACAUCGUAGAUUUGUAUACAAUUCUACUUAGAUUUUCAAGUUUGGUGUCUGAAACAAUUCCAUUUCACCGAGAUUAUCAGGUUUUGCUUCCAAAGGAAAGAGCAGCUUAUAGGAAGAGAUUGUUUACUGUAUUAGAUGAGCUUGAAGCUUUGAAGCCAGAAUUCCAACGUCAAGUGGACGAGCUGAACAAAGCUUAUGCUAGAACUCAACUACUUGAACUUGAUGACCCAGAAAGGACUUUAUAUGGUUCUGAGCCUUCUUCUUCAAAAUGGCCCUCUGUUAAGAAAGCUUCUUACUCAAGCAUCAACAUUAAGCGGCCCUCUGUUGUGGCACCUCAAUCUUCAUGGAAGUACGGCAACAAUCAUACUCAAGCUUCAUCUCCAAACUCCGCGCAGAUUGACAAGCCUUUGCAGAAACUAUCUGUUAGUUUACCUCUUCCCAAGCAAGAGACAUUGUCUAGACACUCAUUCUUAGGGCCUAAUGGUCUUAGGGGCCAAUGGCGAGGACCUAGUGCAGAGAUGAAGGUUCAGUAUCCAAGUUAUACCGACUUAGCCUCUUCUGAAAAUUCAAGCCUGGAUCAGGCUGGACAAUAUGGUACUGAGGUGGUAAAAGAUAGUGAUUCUGAGAGCGUACGCGCUACAAUGGAAUCAGUGCUCUCUUUAGAUGAUGGGAGAUGGUCAUGCACUGUUGAAGAGUCAUCCCCUGCAUUAAUUAAUGAAGCAAGGGAAGAUCCUUUCCAGUUUGUUGGUAUUAGACAACCUUCACCGCCUCCUGUUCUUGCUCAAGUACAUGAUUUUUCUCCAAUUCCUCCAUCAAAAGUAGCAGAUCCAAGACCUGGACCAGCAAAAUCUUCCCAGGAUGGGAUUCCUAGCUCAAACUCAUAUCAACAUUUACAUGUUCCUGUAAAUUUGAUGGAAGACUUCUUGAGAUUAGCUCGUGAAAAUACACAGAAAAAUUUAGAAACAUGUGGUGUUCUUGCCGGUUAUCUGAAAAACAGGGUUUUCCACCUCACUACGCUUAUAAUCCCAAAGCAAGAGUCAACUUCAGAUUCGUGUCAGACAUUAAAUGAAGAAGAAAUAUUUGAAGUUCAAGACAGACUGGCACUUUUUCCUCUUGGGUGGAUUCAUACGCAUCCAUCACAGACAUGUUUUAUGUCAUCUGUUGAUCUGCACACUCAUUACUCGUAUCAGAUUAUGUUACCUGAAGCAAUUGCAAUUGUAAUGGCCCCAACUGACACAUCAAGUCCACACGGUAUAUUUCAUUUGUCUGAUCCGGGUGGUGUAUCUGUGAUUCGGAAUUGCCAGCAGAGGGGUUUUCAUCCCCAUGAGGAGCCUGCAGAUGGGAGCUCAAUUUAUGAGCACUGCUCUCACGUCUAUAUGAAUGCUAACUUAAAGUUUGAAGUUGUUGAUCUUCGAUGAGCUGCAAUUCUUUAGCAAGAGCUUUAAAGAAAACAAUUUUUAUAAAGGAAGUACAUAUCUCAAUAUGUUGUACAUCCAACUGCUGUUCUGAAUAGAAAUUUGACAAGAAUAUAGCAUGUUCAUUUACUUGUUUUUCUUUUUCUUAGUUGUACUCUUGUGUUAAUGACUUAUUAACUGUAAAAGGGAAUCUGUUCAUAAUUAAGAGAUUAUUGUCAAUAUUACGAACCUGCAUUAUCCAAA